AUGUGCAGCGCCCUUCGCGCAACUCAUACCCGGGCUCGCGAUAGUGGACGCCGCUUCACGAUGCCCGAAGACCAGGAUUUCUCCUCAUUCAAUGAGGACAAGUGGAAGGCGCAAGAAUCCGCUGAUCAGCGUGAGAUCUCGCGCCUUUUGGAGCAGAGCCAGGAUGGUUCUAGCGGCGGCUUGAAACUCGAUGACACUCCCUUCGAUCAAACGAACAAGGCCGACGACGCGGAGGACUUCGAAGACAUUAGCGAUGAUGAUCUACCCGAUGAGGAGCCUGCAGCCGGUGGCUCGCUUGAGAUUCCGUCCCUAACCGAUGACGGUGGCACCAGUAACGAUGCCGAUGAUCUUUUUGGUGAAGGUCCGUCCUCGCCUACAGAUCCUAUCGGAGACCACCCAUCUCCCGGCCCACGCGUGCGUGAUACCGAAGCUGGUGACGAAAUCCAACCAACAGAUACGGGAUUAAGCUUCUCCGGAAUGAACUUCGACCCUGAUCCGCACAUGUACGGCGCUGCCAACCAAGACCCCGACAUUCCUGCUCCUGCCGAAACCGUCGAAGACUUGCUCAAGGAGAUGUGGCCCGCGUAUAAAAAAGGACGCGUUCUCGUUUGGAGCGAACUAUUGCCGCCCAAAAGAGCUACAUGGAAGGGGAAGAAGCCGGUUAAGAAGCCCAAGCACCUUGUUACCAGCAAGCUGAGUCUCGACCUUGCGCCAGAUGAGGAAAAGCAGUUUCGAAUUCCAGGACCAGCAACCACGGGGUCUCUUAAACAGAGGCUUAACGCGUAUAACGCCAAGCGUUUAGUUCUCUGCGAUAAGGACUCGGCAGAAAACGAUGAUGAGAUAGUUCCGUUUGAUAUCGACCAAGAAUCCGACGGUGAGCCUGUUAUGGGCUACACUAUGCGCGACAUUGAACUGGCCUGUCAAGAUUGGGGUAAUGAUAUUGAGGCCAUCCAGGAACAGUUCCAAACACGCCUGGCUGCCGAAAUUAAAGAGAGCAAUCAGAUGAGACAUGCGAAUGCCGAUCAGGACGACGAAUGGGAUGCGGAGUUUUUGCAAGACUUUGCGGAAGACACAAAGAGCCGGCCAAAGAAACGCAAGUUUGUAGCGACAGGUCUUCCCGAGAUUCCCCGGUAUACUGCGCCAUCUUUCGACAAUUUCGAGGAAGCGACAAAACGUGGUGCGAAGCGCGUCCACUUGGACAUGAGUGAUCCGCACCUCUUGAUCGAGUCAGAUUCGCAAGCCAACGCUAACCGUCCCCGUCAAGAUGAUAAGAACAAACAGACGGGUGCAGGGCGUUUGGGACGCACCAUGGCGCAGCGAUUCAAUCUUUCCAACGACGAAGCAUAUGACUUACUCAAAGAAAACCACCAGAGCAAGGUCCGGGCUACUCUUGGCAAUAUCUCUGUGGAGCACAGUAUGCCGGCGAUCAAAUUGACUUGGCCCUACUACAAGGUGCGGCUACCAGGUACAACGGACGAGUACCAUCGCCCUCGCUUCCGUUACAAGAAAUUCUCUCAUCAUACCAUCAAAUUUGAUAAGCCGCAGCACCAAAAGCGCAAGAUGAUGAAGGGCAAGGCUCAUGAAGUUUUCCUGAAGUCAAAAGACCUGACUCUGGGUGAUAACUCUACUGCCGUUCUUUUCGAAUAUUGCGAGCCCAGACCGCGUGUUUUGAACAAUUUCGGCAUGGGCACCAAGCUCAUCAAUUACUACCGUCGCAAGGACGAAAAGGACGAAGAGCAGCUACCGAAGUUGGAGCUCGGUGAAUAUCGUACUCUGUUGCCUGAGGACCGUUCGCCAUUCUCACUCUUUGGUACUGUGGAUGCCGGCGAGACUGUACCCACGCUACACAACGAAAUGUACCGUGCUCCAGUCUUUAAGCAUAUCCCGAGAACGAACGACUUUUUGGUGGUUCGCAAUACAACGGGUGUGGAGGGCUCACGCUGGUAUUUGCAUAAGAUUGAUCACAUUCAUGCGGUGGGACAGGCGUUUCCGUCGGUUGAAGUUCCCGGACCCCAUAGUAGAAAGGUCACCAAUGCUUCCAAGAACCGUAUGAAGAUGCUCGCAUUCCGCAUGAUACGCCAUAGUCGAACGGAUAACUGUCAGCUGUCCGAAAUGACCCGACACAUCGCAGAUUCCACUGAUACGCAAAAUCGUCAAAAGCUCAAGGAAUUCCUACAGUAUGACAGAGACAGCGGCGAGAAGGGAAUGUGGCGCCUGCGUCCCGGCGAGGUGCUUCCUGAUGAAAACGCAAUCCGCGCCAUGAUUAAACCAGAAGAUGUCAGCUUGCUCGACGCCAUGCAGCUUGGUAUCAAGGAACUUGAGGAUGCUGGCUAUGACCCUCGAAACGCCAACAUUGAGGACGAAACUCAGGCAGCUGAGGAAGGCGAGGAAGAGGACGGAGAGGACGACAGCAGCAAGAUUACCAAAGCCGCCGCCAAAAAGGCACAGGAGAAGCAGGAGGAGACGCUUGCAGAUAAGAUGGCACCUUGGAAGACGACCAAGGCAUUUAUCGAUGCUUGCGCUCAGAAGGCGAUGCUUCAGCUGCACGGCGAGGGUGACCCAACUGGGCACGGGCUAGGAUUCAGCUUCAUUCGCACGUCGAUGAAAGGAGGAUACAUCGAAGCUGUUCAGGGACCACUUGCAACCUCUGCUGAUGCUAUUGAACGUGAGAAGCGAGCGAAUGGUGGGCAUGCAUAUAACGUGAAGAAGCAGCAAGCCAUGUACGAGGAGGGUAUCCGUGAAAUCUGGGAGAAGCAAAAGACAACAUUGACAGAUGGGACCCCACACGACGACAAUGACGUUCAACCACAGGAAGACGAAGACGAUCGAUUCAACGUACAGGCUGCCGCAACUCCAGCGCACUUUGACGACGGAAUCAGCCAGAUUAGCGGUUUGACUUCAUCCAGUCGUCACCAGAAGCGAGCGAUCCGGAUUAAGCGAGAUUACCGACUGCCAGACGGAUCAAUCCAGACAAGAACAGAAAUGGUGUAUGACCCGGUUGUCAUUUCACAGUAUAUGAAACGACGAGCAGAAGCGGAAUUAGAACUUAAAGACAUCUACAGCGUGCGUCCAACGGGCAAUGCCGACCAUGACCGUCUUGCAGGCAUUAGAAUCAAGAGGGAGCUUGAACGACUGGAGAAGAACAAAGCCCGACGACAAGCCCGAGAGCAACAAAAGGAGCUGCACCAAAAAGCAGCUGCUGGCGACGCAGGGUCACCUUCGACCGGAGGAGAUAAGAUUCCCACCGGCACGACGAGGAAGUGUGCCAAUUGUGGCCAGGUUGGGCACAUCAAAACCAACAAGAAGUUAUGUCCUAUGCUCAACGGUACGAUGAAGGCGGAUACUGCAGCCGAACACGGCGGUUUCGGUAGCUACAAUGCCGGCAGUGCAGCUUCACCAUCGUGA